AUGAGGCAGACACCCAGGACAUCAGCCCCUGCCUCAGGCAGAAGCAGCCCUGGACAGGGUGUCAGUGGACACCAGCACCUGCUCGGGCAACAAUGGUGGCCACCUUCGGCGUGUUUGCACUGGGGCCCUACACAGCAGGCCUCUGGAGCUUUGGCACAGACCUUGUUGGGCACUUGCCGAAGUGGGGGUGCCUCUGGUGGGUGUGGCAUUGGCAGCAUCAGAAGAUUCAUCUACAAUGAACUACAGCAAGAGAGGAGGGAAGUAGUGGAAAGAAUCACCUCUUAUGAAGCCCCUGAUCUCAUCCUAGAGACUCCAAAGACUACUGGGGAGAAAUGUGAAAGAACGGCAUUCUCAAAAGGAAGGAGGAAAACAAUUCUUUCUGCCUGCACUGCCUUUCCUGUCUUUCCUCCAGCCAAUUUCCAUGACGGAAUGGAAAGUAUUUCAAGGACAACUCCGCUAACCACCCACCGACGUGGGCGAAUGCCUCUCUCAGGGCCACCUUGCUUCUGGAUUCCAAAAGAUUCAGGUGGACCUGCACGCAUCCCUCUGCCGCGCACUUCUCCCAGAUCGGUAGCUGUUUACUGUCUGGGACCCCACGAGACUGUGGACACCUCUGUGUCUCAAAGUGUGGACCCCGGACCACCAGCAGCAGCAGCACCUGAGAACGGGUUGGAAAUGCAAAUUCUUGAGCCCCAUCCCAGAUCCAUUAAAUCAGAAACUCAGCAUUCUGUGUGGUCACAAUCCCUUCGGGGGAGUCUCAUAUAUGCAAAGGUUCGAGAACCAUUGAUGAGGGAAUUUGGGGGAACCAUGGAACUAGCCUCCUGCACACUGCCCCUGGGGGUGCUAAAUGUGCCAGGGUGA